AUGAAGCGGGCGCACCCCGAGUACAGCUCGUCGGACAGCGAGGAGCUGGACGAGGCCGUCGAGGUAGAGAAGGAGAGCGCGGACGAGAAUGGGAACCUGAGCUCGGCCGCGGGCUCCAUGUCUCCCUCAACCACCUCGCAGAUCCUGGCCAGGAAGAGGCGCCGAGGGAUCAUCGAGAAGCGCCGCCGCGAUCGCAUCAACAACAGCCUGUCCGAGCUGAGGAGGCUGGUGCCCAGCGCCUUCGAGAAGCAGGUAGCGCCCAGUGACCCUCCGCACUGCCUCCCCCCUGGAUCAGCCAAACUGGAAAAAGCAGAGAUUCUGCAGAUGACUGUCGAUCAUCUGAAAAUGCUGCAUACAGCAGGAGGGAAAGGUUAUUUUGAUGCUCAUGCUUUGGCUAUGGACUAUCGGAGUCUAGGGUUUCGAGAGUGCCUGGCUGAAGUUGCUCGAUACCUUAGUAUUAUAGAGGGUCUGGACGCCUCCGAUCCUCUGCGAGUUCGACUUGUGUCUCAUCUCAAUAACUACGCCUCUCAACGGGAAGCAGCAAGUAGUGCACACGCUGGCGUUGGACACAUUCCUUGGGGCAGUGCCUUUGGACAUCACCCUCACAUAUCUCACCCGUUGCUGCUGGCUCAAAAUGGGCAUGGUAAUACCAGUACUACAGCAUCUUCCACAGAACCACAUCACCAGACCAGAAUUGCCGCCCCACAUGCUGAAACUUCCUCACUCAGAGUGCCCCCAAAUGGCAGCAUUGGACCAGUGCUCCCCAUGGUCACAUCUACUACCAAACUGUCUCCCCCUCUUCUCUCCUCCAUGGCAUCUCUGUCUGCGUUCCCUUUUUCGUUUGGCUCCUUCCAUCUGCUGUCCCCCAACGUGCUGAGCCCGUCUGCACCAACGCAGUCAGCAGCCCUUGGCAAACCGUACAGACCCUGGGGGACUGAGAUUGGAGCCUUCUAAGAACUAACUCUUUAGUAAGGGUGGGGAAGCCUACAAACCUAGCUGAGCUGGGUUAUGCCACGCUUAAAGUUGAAGUUCUUAAUAACUGGGACAAAGGUACAGCUUCACCUUAACUAAGUUUGUCUAAAAACUGUCUCCUUGGAUUUUUCUUUUUGUUUUCUACAUUUUUGUAUUAGCAAUUUUUUUUUUUUUUAAUAGUUGCUGAAGUUGUCCAAAAAUAAAAUUCCAGUUGUGGUUGUUAACACUUGUGUUAGGUCUGUGCUGAGCAUUUAAAUCACUUUUGUAAACAGUUUGUUUCAAAUGUUUCAUUUUUCCUGAGUACGUCAGACUGCCUUUUUGUGAAGAGAUAUCACCUAUUAGUGUUAGCAACGGCCUAGUUUAGUUAUUAAUUUUUCCAAGACCACUCUUCUCAGCAUUAACAAGCUGUGUUUUUGUUAGUAUUUUGACAUGGAGAUGUUCUAUAAAGAAUUACUUUUUGUAAACUAUAUUUGAGUCUUAUAUUUCUGAACAACGCGUUGACAAAUCAGAUGGACCAGCUUGACCAGCUUUAUCGAAGAGCCCAACUUCUGUUUCUUCUGCAGGGGUUCGGUAUAUUUGGUGGUCUUGUUCUAGUCCCUAGCGGACGUUUACUCACAUCACAGAACCACUACGCUAUUUCUUCCACCAAAAGGAGCCGUACGUGCUUUAGAGCAAACUCUAGAGUGGGGAGGGUGCAAAAGCCAAAUUACACACUAUAUUGGUUGUGGGUUUAGUUGCUGGGGAAGUGGAGGGGAA